AUGGCAACAUCGAACAGAGCCGCCAGCUUAGACAUCUUACUGUGGAACAUAAAUGGAAUUUUCAAAAGGAAACUCGAACUUGAGGCCCUCAUAGAAGAAAAUAAGCCGGAUACGGUUCUACUCACAGAGACCAGGAUAAAGCACGAUUUUCACCCAAAAUUUGCAGGCUAUAAGGUGUACAAUCUACCGAGGGCCACGAGAGACGGCGGUGGCGGAGUUAUGAUUCUGCAAAAACUAGGCAUUUCCCACUGUGCCUGUAUUGCAUCAACAAACCAAACUCUUGAGACCCUGGGCAUCGAUGUGGAAAGUUCCUUUGAAAAUCGUCUAAAAAUUCUAGUAGGCUAUUUACCUCCUGGCCACCCUUUCCCAGAGGCCGAAUUCUCCAGCGCCCUUUCAGAAAACCUCCCUACUCUCUUCGCUGGCGAUUUUAACGCCAAGCACCCAUCGUGGAAUAGCAACUCUACAAAUCCCAACGGCAAUAAACUUUUCAAAUUAGCAGGAGACUCGGACUGGGAUACUUUAGGCCCGGUAGACCCAACAUACUCCAGAAUAGACCACCACCCGUUCUGGAUAUUGCCCUAAUAAAAAACUUUAACCAAAACUUCACGGCAAAAACCCUUACGGGCUCCACUUCUGACCAUAGUCCGGUCCUCAUCCACCUAGGCCCCCUGCUAAGAAACCCAGCUCCAAAAACCCUAAAGAAAACCAACUGGGCCGCCUUCAAUCGUCUGCUUGCCCAUUCCGCCCCUAUUCUAUCGCCCCCCAAUUCUCAAGUGGAAAUAGACAGAAUGGCCACCGACAUUACCGAAAGAAUCUCCCAAGCCCUGGAGACUGCUACCCAUAAAAGAAUAGUCCCAGUCCUGUGCCCCUACGUCAUCCCCCCAGACAUCAAAACUCUGAUCACUCAAAAAAUAAACGCCAAAAAGCAAGCUGAACGCUCUCUGAACCCAGCAGAUAGACGAGCAUACAAUGAGCUCUCAGGAAGAGUGAAGAGGUCUCUAGAGAGCUUCAGAAACCAAAAAUGGGAGGAAAAACAAAUCUGGACCCAAAUAAAAACAAUGACGUAUGGAGAAUAGUAGCUGCUCUAAAAAACUCUAAAGCGACAAAUAACACCCCUCUUCAAGGCCCAGAAGGGUUAUUAUACUCAAACGAGGAAGCCCAAUUCACAGACCAUCCCCCACUGCCAAAACAAGAACAAGAAGACCAACUCAUGAAGGAAUUCGUAGAUGAAUUCCUAGAAGAGGCUGAUGAGGAAACCAUCACGCCAGCCACCCCAGAACUAAUAAAAGGCAUCAUCACUGGCCUUAGGAACAAAGUAUCUCCGGGCGAAGACAACACCUCCAACCUGGCCCUGAAACACCUCCCACCAGUGAUGAUACACAAUCUAACUGCCUUAAUAAAUGGCGCCCUUAGUAAAUGUCACUUUCCAGAUGUCUGGAAAAAAGCCCAGGUGAUCAUGAUACCUAAAUCUGCUAAGGGUAUGCAGCUCUCAGAAAAUUAUCGACCAAUAUCUCUGCUCUCCACACUUGCAAAGCUAAUAGAGAAGGUAAUCAAGAUAAGACUCGAAGAAGAAUCCUUAGAUAAAAACCUGCUUCCCGACGAACAAUUCGGAUUCAGAGCCCAACUCUCUACAGAGCUCCAGGUGGUGAGAAUUGCAGAAAUUAUCACCCAUGGUUUUGAUUUUAGGCAGAGGACGGGUUUGGUGCUGCUGGACCUUAGCAAAGCCUUUGAUAAGGUCUGGCAUGUAGGUCUUCUGGUUAAAAUGAUAAACAUGGAAAUUUCACCUCCUAUGGUAAAGAUCAUUGCCUCCUACCUGAAAAAUCGCUCGUUUUCCACCAAGUUCAACGGUGCGGCCUCUCAGGUCCACCCUAUAAGAGCAGGGGUGCCGCAAGGAUCAGUGCUAGGCCCAACGUUAUUUAACCUCUUCAUGACUGACUUGCCUCGCACCCCGGUAGUCCAGAUGGCGCUGUAUGCGGACGAUACCGCACUUAUAUAUAAAAGUUCCAACAUGCAGAUGAUCCAAAAUAAACUCCAGAAAGCGCUGAACAAAAUGAAGGCCUGGGCGGACAGAUACCGAAUCCGAAUAAACCCAAAUAAAACCCAGGCUAUACUAUUUAAGAAGGGAGGAACCUUGCCGGGGGAACUUAUGUACGAAAACCAGGCCAUACCAUGGACUAAAACCGCAAAAUAUCUGGGUGUACACUUGGAUGAUAAACUAACGUGGGGAAAAGACAUUGAGAAGAUCAUCACUAAACCAAAGGUGUCAGCCACUCUUUAAGGCCUUUACACAACAGCCCCGGCCUGUCAUUAAACAAUAAAGAGACUAAUCUGGACCGCAAUAUUAAGACCCAUAGCCACCUAUGCAUGCGCAGCAUGGUCAACGGCCGCCCGAUGUCACAAGAACAAGCUGGAGAUCCAGCAAAAUAGAUUCCUAAAAAUUAUCACGAAAGCGCCAUGGUAUGUGAGAAACAUACAGCUGAGAGAGGAACUGGGUAUUCUCUCAAUGAUGGAUUACAUCGAGAAGGCAACCAGAGCUCACAGGGAACAGAAUG